AUGUCGACAGCUUCCGUAGCGCGUCUCGACCCAUCCCGAUUUCGAUGUCUGUGCGGACUCUGCCAUGUCGUGACUGGAACCCAGAUAGUCCAACAACUUGUAUGCAUGAUGAUGGCGACCAUAAUCCUGCUCUUUUCCUUCGUCUCCUUUGACACAAUGCGUCAGAUUAUCGGUAAANNACAACCAUGGCGUUGGCGAUAA